UUGGUUGGUUUCGCUUCUGGGGCUUUUGUUUCGUACUUAACUGUAUUUUAACCGUAUUUUGAGAAGUUUCUGAAAAGCGGAAAACACCAAUAAUAAAAAAACCGAAAAGCUUUUUAACGGUAUAUUCGGUCGGGUGUGUUAAUCGAAAAGGAGGCCCCAAUUGAUUUACGGCGGUGGAGAGGAUUCAAAAGAAUUCCAUUACAUUUGUUUUCUAUUUUGUUUUAAUGUCAGUGCAUUGAGUGUUCAAUUAAAUAAGGAGAAGACCGACCCAAACACACAAGUCAAUACUUUUUGUAUAUGCGAAUGUGGAUAUACAUAGUUAUGAAAUAAAACAACAACAGCAACAACGAGUGUUUAAAAUAUAAGAACAAAACAAAUCAACACGAAAAAGAUUCAAGACAGUUUUAAUUCACAUUUACCUGGAGACACAGGUAGACAAACUUUUCUUCCAACAAAUGGGGCGCCUUCCUCGUUAGUGCAAAAAAAAAGGAGAAAAAACAAAAGCAAUACUUGGGAGUUUCAAAACACACACGCAAAUACAUAUAUAGGUGGCUUAAUUUGCAUUAUACCGCCUCAAAAUGCAAUCGCUGAAGACCAAUGAAUUGCCACAAAAUCCCUAUGAAUAUACAAAUAUAAUUGCCCGUUUAUGUUUUUGGUUUACAUUGCCAACAUUCUUCAAGGGCCGCAAAAAGACUUUGGAUACUAAGGACCUGUAUCGGGCAUUAAAUGAACAUAAAUCAGAAACACUUGGAAAUGAGAUGUGCGAAUCUUGGCAGAAGGAAUUGGAUAAAAAACUAAAUUCCAAAAAACAACCCAGUCUAAUGCGGGCCACCGCACGUGUUUUCGGCUGGCGUUUUGCUUGUUUGGGGCUUCUGUUAUUCAUACUGGAGUUGGGAUUAAGAACAGCCCAACCACUGUUUCUCAUGGGACUGAUAGGUUACUACUCGAGUGGUGGACAAGAAAUACAGACAGCUUAUCUCUAUGCAGCUGGUGUUAUAGUCUGCAGUGCUUUAAAUGUACUUUUCACGCAUCCCUAUAUGCUAGGCACAAUGCAUGUGGGCAUGAAGAUACGGGUGGCCAUGUGCAGUAUGAUCUAUCGCAAAUCGUUGCGUCUGAGUAAAACAGCCUUGGGUAGUACCACUGCUGGUCAGGUGGUCAAUUUAAUAUCAAAUGAUGUGGGCCGUUUGGACUUGGCGACAAUUUUUAUUCAUUAUCUGUGGGUGGGACCCUUGGAGACAUGCCUGAUAACGUAUCUCAUGUAUCGGGAGAUUGGCAUUUCUGCCGUCUUUGGUGUGGCUUUCAUGCUAAUGUUCAUUCCUCUACAAGGAUGGCUGGGCAAAAAGACCUCAGUUUUGCGUUUGCGCACAGCACUGCGCACCGAUGAACGUGUACGCAUGAUGAACGAAAUUAUCUCUGGCAUUCAAGUGAUCAAAAUGUAUGCGUGGGAAUAUCCCUUUGGAAAAAUAGUCGCCUAUGCCCGCAAGAAGGAGAUCAACAGCAUUCGUCAUUCUUCGUAUAUACGCGGCAUACUGCUGUCCUUUAUUAUGUUCCUGACACGAGUAUCGAUUUUCCUUAGCUUGGUGGGCUAUGUCUUGCUGAGCAACUUACUAACGGCUGAGAAGGCCUUUGUGAUAACCGCCUACUAUAAUAUUUUAAGAACUACAAUGACAGUAUUCUUUCCCCAAGGUAUCUCUCAAUUGGCCGAAACAUUGGUGUCCAUUAAACGCAUUCAAAACUUUAUGCUUUAUGAGGAAACUGAUGUGGUGGACAAGUCGGUGGAUUACCUUAAUUACGAUGGCAGCAAUCAAUCAACGGUUGGCAAAGAGGGCGAUAAGAUUUUGGAAGAAGAAGAUCCCGAAAAACAACCCUUGGUCUCUAACGGUCAUGCCAUACUGUCCGAAGCUGGAAUUAUUAUAAGUAAAGUUAAAGCGAAAUGGGAUCAAAGUUCAACCGAAUACACACUGGAUGAUGUCAAUUUGCGUGUACAGCCUGGCACAUUAGUGGCGAUUAUAGGACCAGUUGGAGCUGGAAAAUCAAGUCUAAUACAAAGUAUUUUGGGUGAAUUGAAACCUGAAUGCGGUUCCAUUAAAGUCAACGGCACCUUUUCGUAUGCCUCUCAAGAGCCUUGGCUAUUCACGGGUACGGUGCGACAAAAUAUUCUCUUUGGCCAGCCUUUAGAUAGAAGACGUUACCAUGCGGUGGUGAAGAAAUGUGCAUUGGAAAGAGAUUUCGAACUAUUGCCCUAUGGCGAUAAGACAGUGGUGGGUGAACGAGGAGCGUCGCUUUCUGGUGGCCAAAAGGCUCGUAUUAGUUUGGCCAGAGCUGUUUAUCGCAAAACAUCCAUAUAUCUGCUGGAUGAUCCCCUUAGUGCUGUGGAUACACAUGUGGGCCGCCACCUGUUCGAUCAGUGCAUGCGUGGUUUUCUGCGUGACAAUAUUGUGGUCUUGGUCACUCAUCAAUUGCAAUUUUUACAAUCGGCCGAUCAAAUUGUGAUCAUGGAUAAGGGCAGAGUUAGUGCAGUGGGCUCCUAUGAAGCUUUGCGAGAAAGUGGCCAUGAUUUUGCCCAAAUGUUGGCCGAUCCAGAGCGCGAAGAUUCGGUGGAGACCAAAACACGUUCCCGUUCAGGAAGUCGCAUGAUAGACCGGCAGAAUAGUGAGGCUUCCAUUAACUCGGUGGCCGAUUCAACUUUAGACGAUACGCCCACACAAGUCGAAGAGACUCAAGAGGAGGGUAAAAUUGGAUUGGAGCUUUAUAAGAAAUAUUUUCAGGCCGGAGGAGGAUUUUUCAUGUUUUUCGUUAUGGUGCUUUUUUGCAUUUUGUCUCAGGGAUUGGCUUCUUGUGGGGACUAUUUCCUCUCCUUUUGGGUCAACAAAAAAGAUUCCCUGCAAAUUGAGCGCUCCGAAUAUGCUGCAUUAUCUCUUAAUAGUACCACCAAUAAUACCACUCCUGAACCAUUCGACCUAUCAGCCUCAUCACAUCAUUUCGAGUCCCAAGUUUCCAAACUGCUAGAAGAAUAUGGUGUUCAUAUAGACCCAGAGAUGUUGGACAUUUACAUAUUUACCGUCAUAACAGUGGCCACCAUUAUUAUAACGGUGACACGUAGUUUUCUCUUCUUCAAUGUGGCCAUGAGGGCCUCCCAGAAUUUGCACAAUUCCAUGUUCAGGGGUAUAACUCGAGCAACGAUGUACUUCUUCAAUACAAAUCCCUCCGGCCGUAUACUUAACAGGUUCUCUAAGGAUAUGGGCCAAAUAGAUGAGAUCUUGCCCUCUGUGAUGAUGGAUGUCAUACAAAUUUUCCUUUCUCUCUUUGGCAUUGUUGCUGUGAUAUCUGUGGUGAAUCCUUUGUACUUGCUGCCCACCUCGCUGUUGGCGAUUGUAUUUUACAAUCUUAGAACAUUUUACCUGAAAACAUCAAGAAAUGUAAAACGCUUGGAAGCCAUCACUCGUUCUCCCAUCUAUUCACAUUUGGGAGCCUCCUUAACCGGUCUCUCAACCAUCCGAGCGUUUGGCGCCCAACGUGUUUUAAUCAAAGAGUUUGACAAUUAUCAGGACAUGCAUAGCUCCGCAUUUUUCCUUUUCAUUUGUACCUCACGUGCCUUUGGCUAUUGGCUGGACUGUUUUUGUGUCCUCUUCAUUGCGAUCAUCACCUUGAGUUUCUUCAUAUUCUCUCCUGAGAAUGGCGGCGAUGUUGGUCUAGCAAUUACCCAGGCAAUGGGUAUGACUGGCAUGGUGCAGUGGGGCAUGCGUCAAUCGGCUGAAUUGGAGAAUACCAUGACAGCCGUUGAACGCGUUGUGGAGUACGAUGACAUUGAGCCAGAAGGUGAAUUGGAAUCGGCUGCGGAUAAAAAACCACCAAAGACAUGGCCCGAGGAAGGCAAAAUCAUCUUUGACGAAUUGAGUUUACGUUAUUUCCCCGAUCCCAAAUCGGAAUAUGUCUUGAAGUCUCUGAAUAUUGUGUUAAAACCCCGUGAGAAAGUGGGAAUUGUGGGCCGCACAGGUGCUGGCAAAUCAUCUCUCAUUAAUGCUCUCUUCCGUUUGUCCUACACCGACGGUUCUAUCAUAAUUGACUCGCGUGAUACGAAAACAAUGGGUCUCCAUGACUUGCGUAGUAAAAUAUCAAUCAUACCUCAAGAGCCAGUUUUGUUCUCUGGGACAAUGCGUUACAAUUUAGAUCCUUUCGAUGAAUAUUCAGAUUCUAAAUUAUGGGAGGCAUUGGAGGAGGUCCAACUUAAAGAUGUUGUAACGGAAUUACCAAAUGGUCUGCAGACAAAGAUUUCCGAAGGUGGAGCCAAUUUUAGUGUGGGUCAACGUCAACUGGUUUGCUUGGCCCGAGCAAUUUUACGUGAAAAUUGUAUUCUAGUAAUGGAUGAAGCCACUGCCAAUGUUGAUCCACAAACCGAUGGUCUUAUACAAACGACCAUACGUCAUAAAUUUCAGCAAUGUACCGUCCUAACGAUAGCCCAUCGACUGCAUACGGUUAUGGAUUCCGACAAAGUCCUGGUAAUGGAUGCCGGUCAAGUGGUGGAGUUCGGAUCACCAUAUGAGUUGUUGACCGAAAGUGAGAAGAAUGUAUUCCAGGGUAUGGUGAAGCAAACAGGCAAGGCGACGUAUGAAAAUUUGCUGAAAGUGGCAAAGAAGGCCCAUGAAGAAGCACUGAAACAGAAAAUGGAAUAAUUUUACAAAACAGUUUUCUAGUAUUAGUAACAAACAUCGCACCGAUAACCACUCUACUCUAGAUCUUGCCAUUACUUAAGUCAUGCCAAUUUAAAAAGACUAAGAAAACAAAACAAAAACAAAAUGAAACCAAGAACAGGCCUUCUUCUCUAUACUAAUAUUUAUGUAUGUAUGUAAUCUAUAAAAAUGUAACUGUGAAUUUGUAAUUUUUAAGGAAAUCUUUUUGUAUUCCGAUUUUAUUCUAAUCCCUAUUUUCUGGCUUAUUCUUCCUUCAUUGCCUAGCAUACAUUUUUGUAAAAGUUUACAAAGCCUGGCAAUAGAACUGUAGGGCAUUAUUUAAAGUAAGCAACUUUUCCAUCUCGUUUUUUUGUUUUAUUUUGUUUGGUUAUAUAGAUAUAUAUAAAUAUAUAGAAAUAUGUUAAUGUAAGUCUUAUACAAACAAAAUAUUAUAUUAUUUAAUAACACUAUCAUGUAAUGUGUGCCUUUGAAAAAAGUGUAACUAUUGUAACAUUGUUAUAUAUGUUAUGUAAAGUUGUGUACAAUGUGAAACCAAAAAAAAGAGGAAAUAACUAUUCCCAAAACGAUGAACAAAGUUAAUAAAAACGUCCAGAAAUGUAAUUUAUUAAACUCAAAAAUAA